AAAUGUUCAAUGAUGGGCUUUUAGUGGGUUAAGGCCCUUGGGCCUUUCCAUGGCUCUUGAGAGACGUUGGAUUAUAUACACUAAUCGAACGGUGAAGAAGAGGAUGCAGAGAAAGAGAAUGGAGAAGAAGAAGAAUCCAUUAACAUGGCUGAACCUACUGGUAUCAGAGCCGUACUACCUCUUCCAUUUCCUAGCUUUCUUCUCAUACUUCGUCGUUCGUAGCUCUGCAUCCCAAGUUCUCUCUCCGCACAUUCUCCAUCGCCUUUUUCAUCGCGAGAUUCAAGCGAUUUUGGCGUUCUCUGUGUUGGCUGUCAUCAAGGUCGUGAAAGAAGAAACAUGGGAAGGCUUCAUUUCAGAUACUUUAUUUUUUGCAAAGGUUUUUCUUGUUGCCAUUUCUUUAAUCAUGGAUUACCACUUGGCUCUCUGGUACAUAGUGGUAUUUUCAGUGAUAUUUAUUUUGGCACAACAACCUGCUUAUGAAGGAUUAGGUACAUCAAAAAAAUUAACACCGCUGCAAUUAGAGGCCUUGCUGACCGAAGGGAACACAUCAAGAUUCUGGCUGGUAGAAUUUCGUGCUUUGUGUUCGCCCACUUGCAUUCGCACAAGCUUGUUCUUUCCUGAUCUCUCAAUUACUUACUCAAACAAAAAUUUAUCUUUUGGAAUAGUUGAUCUUGGCCUCUUCCCAAAUGUGGCAGAAAAAUUUGGAAUAUCUGUUGGUGCAUGGCCCAACUUCCUACGUAUAUAUUAUUUGAGAAUGCAGUGGAGGUGACACGCUUUCCAGAGUUGGAUUUUGAAGCAAAAGCUUCUCAUCCUCCUAUAACUAAGGUAUUUCCACAAUAAAAGGACCAAAUUCAGAAGGCAUCUUGAAUGCCCAUUUUUAUCACUUAGAGGGUGUCUGGUAAAUCAACUAAAUGACUUAAUAACUUAAUUUAAGUUAUUAAACUGAUUAAGCAUGUUUGAUAAAAUAAUUUAACAACACAACUUAAAGUUAAAAAUGACUUUAAGUAUCAAGUCAAAAUAGUUAACUUAUUCUUAAUCUCAAAUCUUUUUUGACUUAUUUGUCCACAUCUAAUGAGAAUAUAUUUAACAACCAUGAUUCAUUUUUUAUAGUAAAUAUUUUAAAGUUAUCUUAUAUAUUUAUAAUACUUUAAAUAUGGAUGUUUAAUAAACAAAUUUAUUACUUAAGAUUAAUAAAAAUAAUAUUAGUUAAAGUUAAUGAUAAAAAUUAAUUACAACUAAUGAGGAUAAAUAUGUCAAUUUGAUAACUUAAAAUAAAUUUUAAGUUAAUAUUGCCAAACAACUUUAAUACUUAAAGUAAAAAAUAAAUAAUAAGUUUUAAGUUAACAACUUCAGAAUAAUUUAACUUAAAUGUCAAUUUAAGUCAUUAAAUAAUAAGUAUUAAGUUUUACUAAAUACCCACAUAGUAAUUGCUGAAACUAUUCAGAACCUUUUUUAUUUUCUUGUUUAUUAGUUGUUUUUUCCCUUUACAUUUCUGUCUUCUUAUCUUGUGUCUUAGAUUGGAUCCAGAUGAUUGUUAAAGGUGCAUGCUUGCUUGCUUGUCAUUUAUUUGAUAUAUUCUAUAUCUGUUAUGUUAUAUGCAUGUGUAAAGUAUUACUUGAACGGAAGAUGAGAAAAAAUCUUGGCUUCCUGAACUGGUUUUUUGCUUGUAUUAGGGAAGUUGGGCAUUAUUAAUUUGGUAUUUUUGUAUUUCAAUUUUGCCUAUCAGAAAAGUUUUUAUAGUUCAAUCUCAA